GAAAUGUCUACUCCAUUUGGUGUUGAUCUCGGUAACAAUAAUACUGUUAUUGCUUGUGCUAGAAACAGAGGUAUUGAUAUUAUUGUCAAUGAAGUUUCUAACCGUUCCACUCCAUCAUUGAUUGGAUUUGGAUCCAGAAAUAGAUUUAUUGGUGAAACCGGUAAAAAUCAACAAACUUCUAACUUGAAAAACACUGUUGAUAACUUGAAAAGAAUUUUGGGUUUAAAUUUUAAAGAUCCAGAUUUUGAAAUUGAACAAAAAUAUUUUUCAGCUCCAUUAGUUGAAAAUAAGGAUGGUGGUAUUUCUGCUAAAAUUAGAUUCUUGGGUGAAGAACAAGAAUUUACUUCAACUCAACUUGCUGCUAUGUACAUUAACAAAAUUAAGGAUAUUACUUAUAAAGAAACCAAAGGUAAUAUCACUGAUAUUUGUCUUUCUGUUCCAGUUUGGUACACUGAAAAACAACGUCGUGCUGCCGCCGAUGCUUGUAGAAUUGCUGGUUUAAACCCAGUCAGAAUUGUUAACGAAGUUACCGCUGCUGCUGUUGGUUAUGGUGUUUUCAAAGCUGGUGAUUUACCAGAAGAAAAACCAAAAACUGUUGCUUUUGUUGAUAUCGGUCAUUCUUCUUUACAAGUUUCUAUCGCUGCUGUUAAGAAGGGUGAAUUGAAAAUCUUGGGUUCUGCUUACGAUAAACAUUUUGGUGGUAGAGAUUUUGAUUACGCUAUUGCUAAUCACUUUGCUGAUGAAUUUAUUGGUAAAUAUAAAAUUAAUGUUAGAGAAAAUCCAAAAGCUUUCUAUAGACUUUUAGCCGCUGCUGAAAAAUUAAAGAAAGUUUUAUCUGCUAACACUCAAGCUCCAAUUAAUGUCGAAUCCAUUAUGAACGAUAUUGAUGUUUCUUCUUCUUUAACUAGAGCUGAUUUAGAAGAAUUUGUUCAACCAUUAUUAGAAAGAGUUCACAUCCCAAUAGAAACUGCUUUAAAAGAUGCUGGUCUUUCUAAUUCUGACAUUGACUCUAUUGAAGUUAUUGGUGGUUGUACCAGAGUUCCAGCUUUGAAAGCUAAAUUAAGUGAAAUCUUUGGUAAACAAUUGUCUUUCACUUUAAAUCAAGAUGAAGCUAUCUCAAGAGGUAAUGCUUUCAUCUGUGCUAUGCACUCCCCAACUUUAAGAGUUAGACCAUUUAAAUUUGAAGAUUUCAACCCAUACUCAGUUUCUUACUUCUGGGAUAAAGAAGAAGAAGAUGAAGAUCACUUGGAAGUUUUCCCAAGAGGUGGUCUUUUCCCAUCUACUAAAAUCAUUACUUUAUACAGAAAAGGUGAUUUUGAAGUUGAAGCUAAAUAUACUAAUAGAGAAGAAUUACCAAAAGGUACCGAAUCUACUUUAGUUAAAUGGGUUAUUAAAGGUGUUGUUCCAAAUGAAGGUGAAUCAUCUAUCCCAGUUAAAUUGAAAUUAAGAAAUGACCCAUCUGGUUUCUACACCAUUGAAUCUGCUCACACCGUUGAAGAAAAAUUGGUUAAAGAAUUGGUUGAACCAAAAGAAGGUGAAGAAGUUGAUGAAGAUGCUGAACCAGAAUACCGUGAAGUUAAAAAAUUGGUUAAAAAGGAUGAUUUAACCAUCAUUGCUCAAACUUCUGCUUUAACCGAUGAAUCUAGAGAAAAAUUAACUGAAAAAGAAAACUCUUUAGUCAUGGAAGAUAAAUUAGUUGCUGAUACUGAAGAUAGAAAGAAUGCUUUAGAAGAAUACAUUUAUGAAUUAAGAGGUAAAUUAGAUGAACAAUAUAAAGAUUUUGCUAGUGAUGAAGAAAAAUCUAAAUUAUCUGAUAUGUUAAUGAAAACUGAAGAUUGGUUAUAUGAAGAUGGUUUUGAUUCCACCAAAGCUAAAUAUAUCGCCAAAUAUGAAGAAUUGGCUUCCAUUGGUAACAUCAUUAGAGGUCGUUACUUAGCCAAAGAAGAAGAAAAGAAACAAGCUUUAAGACAAAAACAAGAAGCUUCUCAAGCUGCUGCCAUGGCUGAAAAAUUGGCUGCUGCUAGACAAGCCAACAAGGACAAGCCUGAAGAAAAAACUGAAGAAAAAGCUGAAGAAAAAGCUGAAGACAUCGAAAUGCAAGAAUAAGCAAAUGCCCCCUAGAUUAUCAUGAUAGAGUCAAAACAACUAACUCACCAAAAUCACAAUAUAAAUCAAUUAUCGUCGAUUAACUCACUGUAAUGAAUUGAAUUCUAAUGUAUUUUUUCUUUCUCGUGGUAUAUUUAUAUACACUUUUUUUUUUAUUCCUUUUCUUUAAUAAACUAAUCAUAUAAG